UUCGACCGGUGUACAGUUUCGAAACCGUAGCGAUAUCGAUCCAACAAAACGACUAGUUUUCGCUUCGAUCAACCGUAAAAUGUCCUACCUUUGUUUGGGUCCGAUAAGCGCGGGAAAAACACUUUUGCUAACUUGUCUACAGAAUCCGGACUCCGUGACAUUCACCUCGCACUCGGUCCCUAGUGUCGGUACCAAUUUGUUCACCAUUAAAAUUCCACCGAUCGUGAUCGACGAGAAGGACAUAAAUGUGAAACCAUUGCCACCGCCCCGGAAGCGAGAUGUAGCACAAAUCCGUGAAGUUGGAGGCUGUCUGGCGCCAAUUUGGAGAGAUUAUCUGAACAAACCGGUCGAUAAGAUUAUUUAUGUGGUGGAUACGUCCAAUCUGUGCCAAAUUUCCGCAGCUGGUGUUCUGCUCUACUCUAUGUUAGCUGAACCAAGAUUACAGAAGGCAAAAUUUUUGUUGGUACUUUCUAAGAUGGAUCUAGCCUAUCGUCAGAUGCGGAACGAGGCUCUUCUGAUGCUGCAGAUGGAGAAGUUUAAAAAACAAAUUCAGCAGGAAAUAACGAUUGUGGAGUUUAGUGCAAUCAACAAGGAUGGGAUUGAUUCCAUUUACAAUUGGCUGGGUGCGUAAUCGAUCCACUAUAGCUUGAACUUGAAAAAAAUACCAGUUAAAAUAAAGCGUUUAAAAAUAACUAAAACAA